UAAACCGCCAUUGCACUGACACUGUCAGUUUCACGACAACACUGUUUGUUGCUUCAGCAUACCUGUCCGCCACGUGGCACUGCCAUCGCUUUCUCCCCCGAAUCUUCAAAACAUGGGCCACGUGGCAUUCCUCAAUCUUCCUCCUCCCUUAUUGCUUUACCAAAAAUAUUCUGCAAACUGUAUCCAUAAUUUUAAUUUUGCGUGCAGUAACCAACUUUACCAUUUUCCCUUUCCAAUUAAUUCAAGUUUUCCCCCGAUUUAUUUUAUUUUAUUUCAUUUUAAUUUUAGGGUUUUUGAUUUUCUGUCUCGUCCUUUUCUCUUCGACAAUUGAUGAUUUUUUUUUUUUCUUUUUCUCUUUCCCUUUCCGGUUGUUCAUGUAAAGGUGAAGCAAACGCGUGUCAGUGGCAGAUAAGCUAUUGACACGAUUUCAAUCAUUAUUUUUGUUUCGCCUUUUAAUCCCUCAUUUCAUUUUGAUUGCUUUUGAUUUCUUUCUGGUUCCGUGAAUUCUUCUUUGCACUGGAAGAGUUUUUAAUAGAUACAGUUGAGGCAGAUGGACAUUGCUGCUUUUUUAACUUCAGCUGGGAUUAAUAUAGGUUUAUGCGUGGUACUUUUUUCCUUGUAUUCAAUACUGAGAAAACAACCGAGCAACAGGGUUGUGUAUUUUGGCCGGAGGCUUGCUUCAGUACGCAUAAGGAAUGAUGAUUUCUUUUCCAUUGAGAGAUUUGUGCCCUCUCCAAGUUGGAUAGUGAAGGCUUGGGAAACAACUGAAGAAGAAAUAUUGUCCAUUGGCGGCCUUGAUGCAUUAGCUUUUCAAAGGAUGCUCAUCUUCAGUAUCCGUAUCUUUUCCAUUGCUGCGAUCAUUUGCGUUCUUCUAGUGCUUCCAAUGAAUUAUUAUGGCAAAGAAAUGCAACACAAGCGAAUCCCAGCGGAGUCACUGGAUGUAUUUACAAUAGGGAAUGUCAAAGAAGGUUCUAGAUGGCUUUGGGCUCAUUGUCUUGCUUUAUACGUCAUUUCUUUCGGGGCCUGUGUUCUCCUUUACUUUGAGUAUAAAAGCAUUACUGAAAUGAGACUAGCACAUGUAAUCAAAUCUCCGCUGAAUCCAAGUCAUUUUACCAUUCUGGUCCGUUCAAUACCGUGGUCUCCAGGAGAAUCAUAUAGUGAUUCAGUGAAGAAAUUCUUCACAAAUUAUUACCCAUCAAGCUACUUGUCACACCAAAUGGUGUAUCAACGUGGCAUUAUUCAGAAAUUAAUGGUGGAUGCGGAGAAAAUGUGCAAAAUGAUUAUUCCUGUUCAUAUUGAUGGAAGAAGUUUAAGACCGUGUUGUCUUUGUGCAAGAAAUACAACUUCUUUUAAGAUGCUCUCUAGUGAACCAGAAAGUGUCAAGGAUAGCGUCAGCUACGCUGAUCUGGAUAUAGCUACAAGAGAAAAUGAGUGUUCUGCUGCUUUUGUAUUUUUCAAGACUCGCUAUGCUGCUGUGGUUGCCACACAGAUGCUUCAAUCAUCAAAUCCCAUGUUGUGGGUCACAGAAUUGGCCCCAGAACCACAUGAUGUUUUCUGGUCAAACCUCUCUAUACCGUAUAGACAGCUUUGGCUGCGCAAGAUAGCAAUACUAUUAGCUGCUAUAGUCUUCAUGUUUUUGUUUCUUAUUCCUGUGACAUUUGUGCAAGGCUUGACUCAACUAGAUAAGCUAUCAAAAACAUUCCCAUUUCUAAGAGGACUUUUAAAAAAGGACUUCAUGAGCCAUGUGGUAACAGGUUACUUACCAAGUGUCAUCUUAAUGUUGUUUCUGUAUACUGUUCCACCGAUGAUGAUGUUAUUCUCAUCAGUGGAGGGGCAUGUUUCUCGUAGUGGAAGGAAAAGGAGUGCAGGCUUGAAAAUUUUGUACUUCACAAUUUGGAAUGUUUUUUUUGUUAAUGUUCUCUCAGGCUCCAUUAUUAGUCAAUUAAAUGUGUUCUCUAGUGUAAGGGACAUACCCAUGGAACUUGCCAAAGCGAUACCUAUUCAGGCUAGCUUCUUCAUGACUUACGUUUUAACAUCAGGUUGGGCAAGUUUGGCCUGUGAAGUAAUGCAACUGUUUCCUCUUAGCAUCAACAUGUUCAAAAAGUUCAUUCUAAGAAACCAAGAAGAUUCGUCUGAUGACCUCAUAUCCUUUCCAUACCAUACAGAAGUUCCUAGGGUCCUAUUGUUUGGUCUAAUUGGCUUCACCUGUUCGAUCAUGGCACCCUUAAUAUUGCCCUUUCUGCUAAUUCACUUUUUCAUGGCUUACCUUGUAUACCGUAACCAGAUUCUCAAUGUAUACAUACCAAAAUACGAAGGUGGAGGGCACUUUUGGCCUAUUUUUCACAACACAACAAUUUUUUCAUUGGUGUUGACGCAAAUCAUAGCGAUUGGAGUCUUUGGAAUUAAAGAAUCACCAAUUGCAUCAAGUUUCACCUUUCCACUGGUUAUUUGCACUCUUCUAUUCAAUGAAUAUUGUAGGCAGCGAUUUUCCCCUGUUUUCCAGAAGGACGUUGUAGAGGUUCUUAUGGACAUGGAUAGACGUGAUGAACAGUCUGGGAGAAUGAGUGAGAUCUAUCAACAAUUACAUUCGGCAUAUUGUCAGAUCCCGAUAACUUCUCAUGAAUUCUGUGAAUCUGCACAGGAGCGACAUCGUAAUAAGAUCCAGGAUCCACAGGGCAUCAACCCAGGAACGGAACUCAGCGAAGCAAGUGAGACGUGGGCUGUUGUCAAUUUUGGAAAAGAAUCACCUACUACGAAAAAUUAAUUAAUUCAUUUUGUAUAUAAGCUACACCAAAUUCAGUUCAUGCAGUAAAACGAUCAUCUUUUAAAUGGGGCUUUGAAGAGCAGUUCUGAUAAGGCAUGUACAUGUUCAUGUUUCAUACAAAAGAUAGUAUUGGGACGUAUGGCCCUUUAUAGGAAAAUUCAGUGUUAGAUGAAUAGGAAUAGGAUUGAGAUUGCCAUGUUUAUUUAGAGUUUUAUUUUCUUUUCUUCAGAGGAUGCGGAUGCUUGUAUUGCAUGUUAUGUACUUGGAGGAGGAAAAAGUAAUUUUGAUUUGUA